AUGACCAACAGUUCCAACGAUCCAAUCCAGAACAUCGCUCUCUUCAACGAGUACAUGACGGUCUUCUAUCAGGGUGGUGGUACGUUCAACAGCACAGAAAAUAGCUAUGCAGAUUUCAUUGAGUACCUGCGGACCUCGCAACAAUACGGUCCCGGUGAGUUUUGCUUAGUUCCAAUCCGUUCAUCUGCGCUCGUAUUCACUGUUCAAGAUGCGGCUGCAUCGACUUUGUGGACUUGGCAAACCUGCACCGAAUUCGGCUAUUUCCAGUCCUCCGAUUCCAGUUACAGCAUCUUUGGGAGCCCAACUCCAGUGAAGUAA